AUGGAGAACAUAUCGAUGACAUUGCUCUCAAAUUCAUCCAGGAGACCAGAGUGGUUCAAUGGAUCAAUGCCCCAGAUCAUCCCAAACUUCUACCUGGCUUUACCCAUCAUCUAUUCCAUAAUCUGUGCAGUUGGACUAACUGGAAAUACUGCUGUGAUUUACGUCAUUCUCAAGGCACCAAAAAUGAAGUCUGUGACCAAUAUGUUUAUCCUGAACUUGGCUAUUGCAGAUGAACUAUUCACAUUGGUAUUACCAAUUAAUAUUGUUGAUUACUUGCUCCUACAGUGGCCCUUUGGAGAGUUUAUGUGUAAGCUGAUUAUUUCCAUUGACGAGUACAAUACUUUCUCCAGCUUAUAUUUUUUAACAGUUAUGAGUAUUGAUAGAUAUCUUGUGGUUGUUGCAACAGUGGAGUCCAAAAAACUAACCUUCCGUACGUACAGAGCCGCACAAAUUGUAAGCCUAUGUGUCUGGAUUUUUGUUACUAUCAUAAUAUUGCCUUUUAUUAUUUUCGCCAAGAUUCAUAAAGACCAGGGUCGUUUACAAUGUGUCUUUGUGUUCCCCAACCCAGAGAGCAUGUGGUGGCAAAUGAGUCGAAUCUAUACUCUGAUAAUGGGGUUUGCCAUACCUGUGUCUACUAUAUGCAUACUCUAUACCAUGAUGCUUUACAAGCUAAGAAAAAUGCGUUUAAACACACAUGCAAAAGCUUUAGACAAAGCUAAGAAGAAGGUGACUUUUAUGGUUGUGAUAAUUCUUGCUGUGUGUCUGUUUUGCUGGACUCCGUAUCAUCUCAGCACGGUUGUGGCUCUAACCACAGACAUCCCCCAGACUCCCUUAGUUAUUGGAAUUUCUUUAUUUAUUACCAGUUUGAGUUAUGCAAACAGUUGCCUCAAUCCAUUUCUAUAUGCAUUUUUAGAUGAUAAUUUUAGAAAGAGCUUUAGAAAAUUAGUAGAGUGCAGAUCAUCCCCCUGAAGAACAAACUCACCCUGAGUCUGUUCAUUAUAAAUUUAAAUGAAGUGGAAUAAAUAUGAUGUCUGCUUAUGUUAGCACCACAAAAUUACAUCAUAAUAUGUUUCAUUUAUGUGACCAAAUACGAAUGUAACUCAUGUAGUCUCUCAUGUAUGAAGGGGCACAGUCAUCUCAUAAUUUUAAUGAUAUGCUUUUAAAUUAAAUGGUUAUGUCAUGAUUGAGAUCUAAUGCAAAACUGUCAUUUUCUAAAGCUGUAUUAUCAUAAAUCAGACUCUGAUUAUGGGACUAUGGGGCUUAACUAAAUAUUGCACAACAUAUUUCUUAUUGUUGAUAAUUUAACAUUCUAUUAAACGGGCUGUUAAUAAAUGCAUUGAAUGGUG